AUGUUUUCGUUGGUUGAUGAAAGCUUAAGACCCAUUGUAGUUUGUUUUUUCAGCAGAUUCCCUCCGCCUCUCUGCGGUGUUCUCGACUCCAUCAACCCGAUGGCUUCCACCGUUUCUCUUCGCUGUGUACAGUCCUUCGGUACAGAAGGCCGACCAGUACCCGUUCCUGUUCCGCCUUCACCGGAAAUAUACAACUCUGUCGUCUUCUAUGGCAAGCAUAUUAAAGACUUGACAGUGUGCAGCGAGCCCGAAGUGCCAGCACCUCCUGUGGGUGCCUAUCCACAAGAUCCUGCAAUACUCAGCAUGGAGAUGGGGGGCCCCUCGGGGCCCCCUCAGCGUUCGAGCGCAGCUUCUUCCCUCCUCCGUCCAGCUGCAGGGUCUCCUGUUCCGCAUGUAACGGGGGGCCCCACCGGGGGCCCCUCCACUGGGGGCCCCUCAGUAUUUGGGGGGCUCGGUGGGGGCUCAGCAGAGGUGGGAGAGGAUUCUUGCUGUGCUCCUGCAGCACCGUUUGCAGGUAGAGGGUUAGGCGGUACAGCUUCACAGCCGCAGACUGGAGAAGACAUAGGAACAGUUGCAGUUACAGGGGGGGGCCCUCAGCAAGACGGUGGAAGACAGCAGACAAACACUAGAGGUAGAGGAGGCCGAGGCGGGGGUGCAAGUGGGCGUCAGGGGGCCCGAGGCAGAGGUCAGAGAAUAGACGGAAGAGACGGAGAGAGGGGAGGAAGAGCAGAGGGGUACAAUGAAGGGCCCCGCGGUGUUGUCGGGGAGCUGCCAGGCAGACCCAACCUACAACUCAAAAAUGAAGUGGCUGAGGAAUUCGACUUCGAUGCAAUGAACAGCAAAUUCGAAAAACCAGCAACGUUGGGAGAGGGUAGUGAAUUUGCAAGUGGGGGGACUGCAUAUGACAAGAAUAAAUCUUUCUUUGAUUCAAUUUCUUGUGAAGCUUUAGAGAAGCGAGGGGGGCAGGAGCAGCAGCAGCAGCAGCAGCAGCAGCAAGCAAACGAAGGUAAAUCUCAAGAACAAGACAACAGAGGGCGUCGCACUGGCACUCGGCAACAAAAUAGAGCUCUAGAUGUAGAUACAUUUGGAGAGGGUGCCGCCCACUUCACUGUUAGAUACUUCGGAGGCCGAAGAGGAGGCAGAGGGAAAGGCAGAGGAAAUUUCAACAGAGGGGGGGGCCCAGGGGGCCCCCAGCAGGGCGGUCGUGGAGGCAGCGAAGUUAAACAAAGAAGAUAG